GUCGGGACCCCGCAGUGGGCGAGAUGUCUGGGACUGCUCUGCGGGUCGCGGGCCGGCAGCUGAGCCAGCGCGCGGGGUCUGGCGCCCCCAUCCUCCUGCGGCAGCUGUUUGAGUCCAAGAGCUGCACCUAUACGUACCUGCUGGGUGACAGAGAGUCCCGAGAGGCCAUUCUCAUCGACCCGGUUCUGGAGACCGCCCCCCGGGAUGCCCAGCUGGUGAAGGAGUUGGGGCUGCGGCUGCUUUACGCCGUGAAUACCCACUGCCAUGCGGACCACAUUACCGGCACCGGGCUGCUCCGGUCCCUGCUCCCAGGCUGUCAGUCUGUCAUCUCCCGCCUUAGUGGAGCCCAAGCGGAUCUUCACAUUGACGAUGGAGACUCCAUUCGCUUUGGCCGCUUUGUGAGUUGGUGGCUGGCCCCUGGGGAAGGCCUGGACUCCUUGGAUUAA